CUUAUAAAUUACUUCAAAUUGGUGCUAAAAGGUUUUCUCUUUCUUUCUCUAAGAGAGUGACUCGUUCCUUUUGUCGCCAUGUCUGGCCGAGGAAAGCAGGGAGGCAAGGCUCGCGCUAAGGCCAAAUCCCGUUCGUCCCGGGCCGGGCUGCAGUUUCCCGUGGGCCGUGUGCACCGUUUGCUCCGCAAGGGCAACUACGCCGAGCGGGUCGGUGCCGGAGCUCCGGUUUACAUGGCGGCUGUGCUGGAGUAUUUAACUGCUGAAAUUUUGGAGCUGGCGGGAAACGCAGCUCGGGACAACAAGAAAACCCGUAUCAUCCCCCGCCAUUUGCAACUAGCAGUACGCAACGAUGAGGAGCUCAACAAACUCCUCGGGGGAGUCACCAUUGCUCAAGGCGGUGUCUUGCCAAACAUCCAGGCCGUCUUGCUGCCUAAGAAAACCGAGAGCCAUAAGCCUGGCAAAAGCAAAUAAACGUUAAGGGGGACUAGACUUGUCCCUCCACCCCCCCCAAACGGCUCUUUUAAGAGCCACCCUCAU